UUAGGAUAACAAUUUUCACAGGAUUUUAGAGCAAGAUUACCAAGCCUGUCUACUCAGAGCCUUUCACAAAGUGAUUAUUAAAGACCUGGCGAUAACCUCCAGUUUUAUAUAGGCUCUGAAGAUAAUCAUCUUUGUCAAGAGAAAUCAGACUGAUGCCUGCUCUGAAUUCCUGCCGCGAAUCAGCGUCGUAUGCAGAGAAAAUGGUGUGCGUUGGUUAGCGGGGAGGAGCAGCUCGGCGGGGAGGACAGCAGGGAGCUGCAAAUUCAGAGCAACCCAAACUGCUGGAAGUCAGAGUCCACAAUGAAGUUGUUCUGCUGGCAUGCGCCAGCAAAGAUGAGCCUGGGAUUUCUGUGUCUCUUUCUGGUUUGCAACACAGCUUCAUGCAUAAGAAGAGAAAAUAAGAAAGAGAAGCAAGUGGCAGUGCUGGCUACCGCAGAGCUGCCUGCGAAGUCCGUGGACCUGGCUGCCAUCAACCUGACCGAGCUGGUGAACGGGAUGCUGAACACGGCGCUCAGAGGUACCAAAAAACUCUUCUCUUUGCUGAGCAUCACGUCUUACAGCUCAUUUGCCUUCCACAAAGUGUCAGUCACCAUUUAUAACAUUUCUAACAUGAAAAAUGUUGACCCUGGCAAGUUCCCUAUGCAUUACUGCUACUGUUUGAACAACGCGACAAAUGACUUGACGGAUUUUACAGCUUUACUUGUUGAUAUCAUUGGAAACUCCACCAGUUAUCUCACAGAAAUUUUCAAAUCCACUUCUAUUCUCUCAGUGCGUCAGAGCAAUGAUUCAGAUUGUAUCUACAUUUGCAUGAUGACAGGGCAGACAGGGAGAAAUCUGUCUGACUUUUGGGAAAUGCUGGAGAAGUCUCCUGUUAUUAAUUACACAUUUUCCAGUAACACAUCUUCUGACCUGGAUCUAGAUUCAGUUUUUUCAAGUUUCAUGAAAGUACAGGAAGACCCAAACAAAACAGUGGAACCAUCAGCAGAACAUGUGUGGACAUUUAAAACUACCAGGAUCCCUUUUGCUCUGAAAGGGGAGGAAAACCCCACCACAAGGUUCCCACCAUGGCCAAAGACAGCUGGACUGAAAGGACUGGGGUUUCCAUCACCGCACGUCGACGAUUCCAGACCACGAGGUACAGCCGGACCCCCUCCGACGGCUGGGGGGAGCGUGACCCCAUCACCAGCCCUGCAGCCCACUGACGUGUAUGCAUUUUGGAUGCAGACGAUGUCUCCUCAAGAAACCAGCAAAGCGAUGCAAACAGAGCCAGAUUUGCCUCCCCCAGUUCUGCCUACGCCACCCUACAGGCCUGGUGUGACACUGAAACUUUACUCAGCUACCAGGUGUCCGCAGGCGAUCCUCAAAGAGUCCCGUGUGACCUCGCCUCCUGUCACUCUUAUAGUGCAGAAGAUCAAUCCCUGUGUGAUGGAGCUGUGUAGGUUUUUUCAGCUGUGCCUCUGCGUUGGUCAGAGAAGAUAUUCCAGAAAGGAAGCCAUGAGGUACUGUGUUGAAUACUAUUCCUGGUUCUUGAAAAAUGCAAGUUAUGUCUGUGAAAGGGUCAAAAGACUUGCUUACUCCCACAGCACACCAGUCUGCUGCAUGACUUUUUCUUGUCUUUGGAUUAAACAAAAAAUGAUUGUAAUUCUGCUGGUGUCUAUGUCAAUGGUGUCGUACAGUGGUGGCCAAGAAUUGGAGCCGCCAGCAUUCCUGCCAGAGCUUCUUGACACACCUGAAAGAAUCUUGAACAAUGCCACAUUCUUCAAUGGAGUCUUUCAAAAUGUGGAAAGUGUUGCAUUAUUUUUUGACUGCCUGGGCUCUCACUUCACCUGGUUACAGUCCAUCUUCACUAACUUCCCUGCCCUGCUCAACUUUGUGAGCAAAAUGAAGUGCAUUACUGGUUUUUGUCCCAGGGAUUUUGAAGACUAUGGUUGCACUUGUCGGUUUGAGAUGGAAGGGCUCCCCGUGGAUGAAGCUGAUGAAUGCUGUUUCCAGCACCGCAAAUGCUAUGAGGAAGCAAUGGAGAUGGAAUGCACAUGGGACCCAACAAAGGUUUCUACAGAUGUCAGCUGCUCUACUGAAAACCUGACCUGUGAGUCUGGGGGUCCCUGUGAGCAGUUCCUCUGCAACUGCGACAAAGAUGCCAUUGAGUGCUUUGUGAACACACAUGUUAACUCCUCCUUGAACGGGCUGGAUGUCUCUUUCUGUCCAUCUCCGGUUACAGAAACCACCAGCCAGGGAGCGAUGACAACACUUCACACAGAGGAAUUCCUUCAUCAUGGGACAGACAAAACACAGGCUGCAACUGCAUCCGUGGAAGAAGUGAUUUCUUUUGAGGCCAGUGAGACGGCCGUGGGAACUUCCAAAGCUGGAGUUACCACGAGGGACCACAGAGGUACAGCUCCUGCUCCCUCCGUCCCCUCGAUAGAAGAAAAGGAUGGAUUUAUGGAAGCUGUGGUCCCAGUGGAACAGAUAACCACCUCCCCAGCCUCAUUCCCAGGAGAUAUUAACUCAGUGCAAGUCAAAAUUGUCCCCACCGAGAAGAUUCCUGCAGGCACAUCUGCAAGGACAAAAGAAAAUGAGACAGGCCCUGCAGGGGGUGGGCAGAGCACAGCGUCCUCUGGAAUAGCUCUGGAACUGGUGCUGCCUGACAACGGACCCCAUGAACCUGCUGGAAAAGUGUGCGAGCGAUUAACCUUUCUGCAAGAGAGAGGCAAUGGAGGAGUGAAGAAGGAGCUGCCCCAGCUGGGAGAAAUGCUGUUCUGUUUAACUGAGCGAUGCCCAGAGGAAUUUGAGUCUUACGGUUGCUACUGUGGCCAAGAAGGAAGAGGUUACCCUACUGACGCACUGGACAGGUGCUGCUUCGCUCAUCACUGUUGUAUGGAACAAGUUAAGAAACUUGGAUGUCAUGCAGAAAGAAGUUCAGGAUCUGAAGUUGUGUGUUUUGAUCAUAAGCCAAAAUGUAUUGGUUGGAGCAUGUGUGAGAAACUACUGUGUGCUUGCGGUAAGACAGCAGCCGAGUGCAUGGCUUCUGCCUUCUUCAAUGAAAGCCUUAAGUUUCCACACAGGCAAGAGUGCCACGAGGAGAAAGUCUCAUGCCAAAGAGACCCUUACGAAAGGCCUUCCAUUGGCACAGAAACAGACACCGGGAUCUCCAGCUCCGAGGAGAGCAGUGAGGAGGAAGGUCCACUGUGGAGCGUGUUAAGAAGAGCCAAGAGAGAGACACGCCGUCCCCUUGGAAACUCCAGAGUUGUGCAACAUGAAGGCAGAUAAUCAACCACGUGGAGCAAUGGCAUGGAGACUUCCAGAGUCAGCCAUUGCAUACCUUACUCUUUAUCACUCUACAGGCUGCUUACACUUUGCAGCACACAAAUGACACAAUCGUAGACUAGGUAUUACACGUUAGGCUGUGUAACUCCUCACCACAGUGAAGUCGGCACUAUGGACCAUGUAUUUAGGUCAGAUAUUGCCUUAAAUAAUUAUUUGACAGUGUUCUGUAUAAUUCCAUUUGAUUUCUAUGUAAAAUCUGUUCUGAUCAAAGACUGAUCUUUGUUGAUUGUGUAGUUGGUUCAGGCCGGAUCUUGCUGAUGGUGGCUAAGUAUUUCAGGUAUUUAAUUAAACCAAAC